AAUGUUAUGCAUCUGGCAACACUGGCCGCGGACGGUUCGUUUGUGGCGUUUAGUAAAUUUAUUAAAAACAAGCCUUGCUGGCGGUUUCUUUAACUGCAAUAAUUGUUUGUCGGCUGUGCGAAGCGAGUGAAGUGCGCUGAAGGCGGGAUUUGUUUGAGGGGGGCACAGUGGAUAUGUCAACUACGGUGAACACUAGCUAAAUUCAACGACAACAAACCCAGUAAUCGCCAAACAACGCGAGUGUACGCACAUUGCUUUCCCACUGGCUCAGCAUUUAAUUUUCCGUCUGACAUCAUUCGCGGGUGAAUCUCCGAGUGUUUCGCUUUCGGUUUCAGUUUGAAUUCUUAGAUUGCUUAGAAACAUCCAGUUUUUUGGUUUUUUGUUUUGUGGAGCCACGAGCUUAUUCCCUGCAUCAAUUGCUCUUCUUCCACUGCCGGCAGUUCGAGAAUCGUAAUGCGUGGAAGUCGGUGCCGCUGCGCAGCCGCCGAGAAAGUGCCGAAAGAUUCAGGACUUGAGAAGGAGUCACUCGAAACGAGGGAGCAGCAGGAUAAGAAGGAGCAGCAGGAUCAGCAGGACCAGCUGGAUCGCUGGUAACAGACCGCUGGAGGGAUCUGCGAUCGAUCGACUUCCCAAAAAAGAACAAACUGCCGCCAGACAUUCACCUCGCUCUUCCCUAGCCACCAAUCAUGUAUUCGGCGGUCCGCACCCACGACUACGACUACCCCGAAUCUGAAAUGGACGAGCGGGAGAGUCUGUACUUCGACACCAUAUCGCUGGCGGAAUCGGAGGCGGCGGCUGCUGCGGCGGCGCAUCGCAAAUCGAUCUCGCAGUCGCGCAACACCAUCUACCACUCGGCGGUCGAUCUGGCGGGCGACGAGGGAGGAGGAGGAGGAGGAGCAGGAGGAAGGGUGCGCCUGGGCGGCGGAGUAGCCGCCGAGCACGCGGCGCUAGCCUGGCAACCCGGAUACCGCCAGUCGACGGCACUGGAGCACCUCAACGGCGGUGGCGGUGGCGGAGGUGGUGGUGGUGAUCAAACGGAUGCCGCAUUCGCCGCCCAAAUAAUUGCCCUGCAAAACGGACGAAACCACCUGCCGCCCAACGGGAUUGGUGUGACCGGAGAUGGAGGACAAGGAGGUGGUGACGAUGAGGUCUCUAGACGUCUGUUAAGAACUAGUAGCAACAUUUCUAAUAAAGAUAAGAAAUUGCCAAUAACAUACUCCCAGUGGAAAUCAAGGACGUACAGACGCUUCGACGAUGGCAAGCGGAGCGUGGACUUUGUGCUGGCGUACAAUGGAGAGACCCAGCUGGAGGAGCACCGGCGCAAGUGCGAGAUCUUUGAGGCGAAUCUGCAGCGGGAGGGCUUGCAGCUGGAGCACAACAAGGUGCAGCGCGUUCACUUCAUCAAGAUCCAUGCGCCGACGGAGGUGCUGUAUCGCUAUGCGGAAAUACUCAAGAUCAAGGUGCCGCUCAAGCCCAUUCCCGGCCAGGAUCAAAUCUUCGCCGAGUCGGCGCACGAGUUCAAGACCUGCUGCAGUCGCAUGUGCAAGAGCCUCUUCAGUUCCGUGCAGCUGAAUACGGCCCUAUUCCCGGAACGCGAGCCGCGCAUCCAUCUCGAGUUCUCCCGCAACUACCUGGAGCUGUACGACACGGAGCACCCGAACUUUCUCGACGCCAGCACCCGCUACUCCAUCAUCAAUUUCAUUCUGCAGCGCCAGCAUUUCGUGGAGGGCGAGGAGACGGCCGACAAUCUGGGCAUCGAGAAGCUCGUCCAGGAUGGCGUCUACACCUGCGCCUACACCUUGCACGAUAAAGAUGAUCGCGAGCGGCUGCUAAAGGAGUGGGCCAACAUAUCCAAGUGGAAGAACCUGCAACCACUGGACCAAAUCAAAGACUAUUUCGGAGCAAAGGUGGCACUCUACUUUGCCUGGCUGGGAUUCUACACGCAAAUGCUGAUACCCAUUAGCAUAUUCGGCGUGCUCUGCUUCCUGUACGGCUUCGUCACGUGGAGCAGCGAUCCGAUUAGCCGGGACAUUUGCGACGACAAUGGGACGAUCAUGUGUCCGCAGUGCGACCGCAGCUGUGACUAUUGGCGACUGAACGAGACGUGUACCUCCUCCAAGUUCAACUAUCUGAUAGACAACAACAUGACGGUGGUGUUCGCCUUUUCGAUGGCCAUUUGGGCAGUGGUGUACCUGGAGUUCUGGAAACGCUACUCGGCGGGUCUGGUGCACCGCUGGGGACUGACUGGCUUCACCCACCACGUGGAGCACCCGCGUCCGCAAUACUUGGCCAAAAUAUCCCGCACCAAAAGGCUGGCCGGCAAAGCUUACGGGCAGGACCAGACUGGCAAGCGGAACGUCUUGGAUCCGGAUGUGCCCUUCUGGAGCAUCAAGUUCCUGCCAAACUUCACCAGUUACAGCAUCAUGGUAUUGUUUAUUUGCAUAUCAGUCAUUGCCAUAGCGGGCAUAAUCAUCUAUAGAAUGGCACAGCGAGCCUCGCACAGCAUUUUGGGCAGUGAGAACUCCAUGACCUUUAAGGUUAUGAUAUUGCCCAUGACGGCGGGCAUCAUCGACCUAAUAGUGAUCUCGCUGCUGGACAUGGUUUACUCCAAUUUGGCAGUGAAGCUAACCAACUACGAGUACUGUCGCACCCAGACGGAGUACGACGAAAGCCUAACUAUCAAAAACUAUGUGUUCCAGUUCGUCAAUUACUACUCCUCGCUCUUCUACAUCGCCUUCCUCAAGGGCAAGUUCGUCGGCUAUCCGGCGAAGUACAACCGCGUGCUGGGCUUUCGCCAGGAGGAGUGCAAUCCUGGCGGCUGCCUUAUGGAGCUCUGCAUGCAGCUGGUUAUUAUUAUGGCUGGCAAGCAGGUGGUCAACGCCAUUGUGGAGAUGCUCAUCCCCUACCUGAUGCGCACCUUCAAGGAGCUGAGCUACCGCCACGGCUGGUACAAGAGCCACCAGGACCAGCGUCUGGUGCCCUACAACCAGUUCACCGAGGACUACAAUCUACUGCCUGCCCAGAACAACUCGCUCUACGCGGAGUACCUCGAAAUGGUUGUGCAAUUCGGCUUCAUCACACUGUUUAGUUUGGCCUUCCCGUUGGCGCCGCUGCUGGCCCUGCUGAACAAUGUGAUCGAGGUGCGCCUGGACGCCAUCAAGAUGCUGCGCUUCCUGCGGCGGCCCGUGGGCAUGCGAGCCCGCGACAUUGGGGUUUGGCACAGCAUUAUGACCGUCGUCACCCGGAUCGCCGUGGCCUCGAGUGCAAUGAUAAUCGCAUUUAGCACGAACCUCGUACCGAAAAUCGUGUACGCCGCCUCAAUGGGUGAUCCCGAGCUGAACAACUAUCUGAACUUCACGCUGGCUGUGUUCAACACCAAGGACUUCCAGGUGCAGCCACUGCUCGGAGGCAGUCAGCAUGUGAACGAGACGGUGUGCCGCUACACCGAGUUCCGAAACCCGCCGGACGAUCCGCAUCCCUAUAAGCGUCCCAUGAUAUAUUGGAAGAUACUGACGGGUCGCUUGGCCUUCAUCGUCAUCUAUCAGAACAUUAUCACCAUGAUGCAGGGCAUCCUGCGCUGGGCCGUGCCGGAUGUGUCAGGUCGCCUGCUGAAGCGCAUCAAGCGGGAGAACUUCCUCUUGCGGGAGCACAUCAUCGAGUACGAGAAGCAGCACGCCAUGAAAAUGGUGCAGACGGAACGCAACGGCCAGCAGAAGUCGGAUGGUGAACUGCGGCGGCGCAACAAUGAAACGGUGAUCCGGAGCCGCGACGAGGCCACCUCCUUUGUGUAGGGAGCGGCGAAUGGGAGCUGCAUGUUCGUCAGAUCAUUCCUUGGUUUCCCCCACCCCCAGCAACAUGUAGUUAGCCAAACUUUUGUACAUACCGACACGCGAAUAGCUAGGGAUUGUCGACUGCUAUCGCAUGGAUGCAGUGCUUCGUACUUAUGAUGAUUUUUGUACUGCGUUUGCGUGGGAAGUGCUCAACGAAUAUGGGGAGUCGGAGCCCCGAGUCAAGCAACUGCAUUUUUAUACAUACACGAAUAGGAUUUUAUAUUGUUACUUGAUGGACUCGUGAUGGACUCCUCGCUGGGAGUCGAGUAUAUUGAAUCAUCACCCGGUUGGAUCACAGUGAGGCCAAGUCGCUCGAGCAGCACACAGUUCUAGAGAUAUGUACUUGAACAUUUAAAUUAUAUACACACCCACACCCACACACACACCACACGUCCAAAGUGCAUUAACAACGAGUAUUUAUAAUUUAGAGACGGCGGAACUCCUGGUGGCCACCUCGGCACAACCAUGUUGGAUCGGUCAUGAGCAAAACGAUUACGAAUUAAACACCACAAGAUGUGUGCGAGCUGAACAAGCUGGCACCCAUCCAGACACUAAGAAACAAUCCAAUGUACCUAACAAUGUUGCCCACAAACCGAGAAGCGAACCCAAGUGCGGUUCAUCCUCCCCACAAAACCAUUGUUUUUAUUGUUGAUUAUUGCCAAGCGAGAGCGAGCGCAUUGCACAUUUCGCAAUAUUUUGUAGAACUCUAAAUGCUACUUACCAGUGCGUACUAUAUAGUGAAUUGUUGUUUUGAUAAACAUAUUUAUACGAUACAAACUAAAACUAAUCAUAGCAGCUACGAUUACGAUAGAGAUUAAGCCAGAAAGCAAUUGUGUUGUGUGCCGGAAACGAAAUAACAAAUAAAUGAAAUGGGUUUAACUCCAUUACUGUGAACGGUGA